GUGGGGGGGCCGUCCGGCGGCGGACCGGCAAUGGCGGCGCGGCGGAACGUGAACGUGGGCGUGCUGGGCCACAUCGACAGCGGCAAGACGGCGCUGGCGCGCGCGCUCAGCACCACGGCCUCCACCGCCGCCUUCGACCGGCAGCCGCAGAGCCGCGAGCGCGGCAUCACGCUCGACCUGGGCUUCUCGUGCUUCGCGGUGCCGCUGCCGGAGGCCGGCGCGCCCGAGCUGCAGGUGACGCUGGUCGACUGCCCGGGCCACGCCUCCCUCAUCCGGACCAUCAUCGGCGGGGCCCAGAUCAUUGAUCUGAUGAUGCUGGUCAUCGAUGUGACCAAGGGGAUGCAGACCCAGUCGGCGGAGUGCCUGGUGAUCGGUCAGAUCGCCUGCGAGAAGCUGGUCGUGGUGCUGAACAAGAUAGACCUGUUACCCGAAGGGAAGAGACAGGCGGCCAUCGACAAGAUGACGAAGAAGAUGCAGAAGACCCUGGAGAGCACCAAGUUCCGGGGUGCACCCGUCAUUCCUGUGGCGGCCAAGCCUGGAGGCCCGGAGGCCCCCGAAACGGAGGCUCCUCAGGGGAUCCCAGAGCUCAUCGAGCUCCUGAGGUCGCAGAUCUCCGUCCCGACCAGAGACCCCUCGGGCCCGUUCCUCAUGUCCGUGGACCACUGCUUCUCCAUCAAGGGCCAGGGCACCGUCAUGACGGGGACCGUCCUCUCAGGCUCCAUCAGCCUCGGCGACAGCGUGGAGAUCCCCGCCCUCAAGGUGGUGAAGAAGGUCAAGUCCAUGCAGAUGUUCCACACGCCCGUCACCUCGGCCAUGCAGGGGGACCGCCUGGGCAUCUGUGUCACCCAGUUCGACCCCAAGCUGCUGGAGCGCGGGCUGGUGUGCGCCCCCGAGUCGCUGCCCACCCUGCACGCGGCCAUCAUCUCCGUGGAGAAGAUCCCCUACUUCCGGGGCCCGCUGCUGACCAAGGCCAAGUUCCACAUCACGCUGGGCCACGAGACGGUCAUGGGCCGCCUGCUCUUCUUCAGCCCCGAGCCUCAGCACUUCGACCGGGAGCCCCAGGCGGCCUCCUUCGACCUGGCCCAGGAGUACCUCUUCCAGGAGCGCUACCUGAGCAGGGACCCGGCCACCGAGGGCGACCAGGCCGACGACAGGGCCGGCCAGGCCCCCGAGGGCCGCUGUCCACGGCAGCAGUGGGCCCUGGUGGAGUUUGAGAGGCCGGUCACCUGCCCUCGCCUGUGCCUGGUCAUCGGCUCCCGGCUGGACGCGGACAUCCACGCCAACUCGUGUCGCCUGGCCUUCCACGGUCGCCUGCUGCACGGGCUCCAGGACAAGGGCUACGCGGAGAGCGCGCUGCCCGCCCUCAGGGUCUACAAGCUCAAGCACAAGCAGGGCCUCGUGGAGCGGGCGAUGGACGACUACAGCGUGAUCGGCCGCUCCCUGUUCAAGAAGGAGACCAACAUCCAGCUCUUCGUGGGGCUCCGGGUCCAGCUGUCCACUGGGGAGCAGGGCGUCAUCGACAGCGCCUUCGGCCAGAGCGGCAAGUUCAAGGUCCACGUCCCGGGUGGCCUGAGCCCCGAGGCCAAGCGGAUCCUGACGCCCGUCCCCAAGAAGAGGGGACGCGGGGGACCCGGGGAGGCCACCCGCCAGGAGGAGGGCGCCGAGCGGCCCGAGCCCCCGCAGCACGUGACCCUCAGCCUGUCCUUCAAGCGCUACGUCUUCGACACCCAGAAACGCAUGGUCCAGGCCCCCUGAGGGACCAGGUGACCCGCAGGCCCUCCCCUGGCCAGGCCAGGCCACCGUGGGCCCAACCAGACCUGCCUCUGCCUCCCGGGCUGUCCCCACCCCACGGGGCUGCGGCCCAGGGACAGGACCAGGCCUGGGACUGGUCCCCUGCGCCCUCUCCCCCGGGGACAGCGGCCACCCCCGCCUGGGAAAGGGCUGUGGCCAGAGCUGGCCUCCGCCUGGUGGCCCAGCCCUGCCCAGGUGGACGGCACUUGGAAGCUGUGAAUAAACACCACAUGG